AGAGUUUCUACAGGAUUAGAGGGCGCCCCACCCAUAUCUCCUUGUCCCCUUCCCUCAACCCGGAAGAUGCAUGGGCUGGGACAAAGAGAGUUAAAAGCUGUGUCAGCUGCUGGUCUGGGACAGACAGACAGAAGGAGGGGGCAGGUGAGGCAGCAUGACAGGUGGCUGAGAGGCCAGGUGGACAGUGGGAGAGUUGACUGGCAGGAUGGCCGGCAGAUGAAAGGACAGAAGGGUAGGUGGCCAGACAGAGUGCAGAGAGACCAACAGGCUGAAAUUGCAACAGCCACACGGACAACCCAGCAAGCACAGAGACAAGGUUGCUGCUGGUGGAAAGGAUGGGGAAAGGGAGGGUCCGGUUGACCAGGAAAGGGUCAUCUCUGAGAUGUCCUAACUUCCCCCCCAGAACCUGGAGGUGGCCCACCAUGGAGUCCAGCAUCUUUUUGCUCCUGUGUCUUAUUGGGCUCAGCCACCAGGCCACGGAGAAGAUUUAUAAUGGUGAGGAGUGUGUCCCUCAUUCGCAGCCUUGGCAGGUGGGGCUGUUUGAGGGCAUCCACCUGCGCUGUGGGGGGGUCCUCAUUGACCGCAGGUGGGUUCUCACAGCCGCUCACUGCAGUGGCAGGUACUGGGUGCGUCUCGGGGAACACAGCCUCAGCAAGCUGGACUGGACGGAACAGAUCCGGCGCACUGGCUUCUCCGUGACACACCCCGGCUACCAGGGAGCCCUGCACAGCCAUGACCAUGACCUCCGGCUUCUGCGACUGGGUACCCCUGUUCUUUUGACCCGCAGCGUCCAGCCCCUACCCCUGCCCACCACCUGUGCCCCGGCUGGCACUGGGUGCCACAUCUCGGGUUGGGGCACCACCAACCGACCAUCGAAUCCAUUCCCAGACCGGCUCCAAUGCCUCAACCUCUCCAUUGUCUCCAAUGCCACCUGUUGGGCAGUGUUCCCAGGGAGAAUCACAGACAACAUGGUGUGUGCUGGUGGCAUCGCUGGGCAGGAUGCCUGCCAGGGUGACUCUGGGGGCCCCCUGGUAUGCGGAGGAGUCCUUCAGGGUCUGGUGUCCUGGGGAUCCGUGGGGCCUUGUGGGCAAGAAGGCGUCCCAGGAGUCUACACCAAAGUUUGCAAAUAUGUGGACUGGAUCCGGAUGGUCAUGAGGAACAACUGACCUGCUCCCUCCACCUUCAUGCCUCAGCUUGGGGUUCACUCUGACCGUCAGCACCAGCACUUCUUCCAUCAUUAACCCCAGUUCCCACUCUUUGUAGACUGGGGAUCUUCCCGGAACUCCAACUCCAGCCGGCCCUUCUAAGAUCCAUGGUUGGGGGAGGAAGAAGUGUGUGACGAUCUGAAAUAAAUAUAAAUGGAGGAGG